AUGGCAACGGUAGCACACUGCGCCUUCUGCUUCGAGGUCCUCACCGCAAAGCUUGAACGCCGGGAGCCACUCUCUCUUUCGCAGGUCGAACAUCUCUGGCAGCGAUACGAGGCCGGCGAGGACGACUAUGACGACGAUGAUGACCCCUCGGAACCGUUACCUUCCGAUAUGACGCCGCCUGCAGCAGUGCCACCAAACGCGUUGCUGGACCCCUCAUACCGCCCCGCUGCCAUAUCGCGGCUGAUGGCGAACACGUCGUCCUCAGCGAGUUCGUCGUCCGUGCAAAGCACGAUAUCCACCCCGAGCAGAGUCAGCGAGGCGAGCAGCGCGACAACAGCAAGUAGCAAGAGCUCAAACUCGGAUGACGAGCCCGCUCUUGAGGAGGAGUAUCCGCUGUUCGUCACGUACAACACGCUGCACAAGGUGGGGAGGAGGUGGGAUAAGAGGCUGCGCGGGUGUAUCGGCACGUUUGAGCCGCAGGAGCUAGAGAGUGGGCUCAGGAGCUAUGCCUUAACAUCCGCCUUUGACGACCGCCGCUUCCCCUCGAUCCGCCCCUCGGAACUCCCCAGCCUCGAAUGCAGCGUCACGCUGCUCACGGACUUCGAGCCCGUCCUCGACCCCUUCGACUGGACCAUCGGCGUCCACGGCCUGCGCAUCAGCUUCGUCCACGACAACCACUGCUACGGCGCCACGUACCUCCCGGACGUGGCCAAGGAGCAAGGCUGGACCAAGGAGGAGACGUUGGUCAGUUUGAUGCGCAAGGCUGGGUGGGACGGGCCGACGAGGGAGUGGAGGGAGGUCGAGUUGAAGGUUGUAAGGUAUAAGGGGGUCAAGGAGAGGUUGGGGUAUGCCGAGUGGGUGGAUUGGAGGGCGUGGAUGGAG